AUGGAUUAUACAAUUGUCCAAUUUGCCAUGACACUAUUUCAAUCGACAUAUCGGAGAUCUGGGCUUGCCACUGUUGCUAUCAAGCCUAUCAUCCUGGUUGUAUCCAUAAUUGGGCUCAAUCCUCCAUUCGGUUUCUGA